UCGAUGAUCUCAAGAUGAUUUCAAGAAGAAAUACAGAGCGUGCGAAGAGCAAGAUUUUAUUUAUACACAAUUAUUAAAUAUUUUUUCUGCCCGUGCAAUUGCAAUUUGUAAAAGAGUUGAAGUAAUACUAGUUUGCCGCACAAUUAUUCUACGAACAUCUGAACAUAAUUUGUCCGCAAAAGUUAUUAAGUAUACGCAGCUGAUUUUCAUUGAUGGCAGCCUAUAGGAGGUUUCUAAACCUGUUGAAGAAGUGGCCUUUGGACGAGACAAAGGGGGACAAGGACUUGGGCCUGUUCCUCCGCAAACUGCUGCAAGAGCAGUUCCCACAAGGAGAGGGUUCGAAGGUGACUGAAGCUGUCUGGGCCAAGAAGUUGGACGGCUUGGACAAGAUUGUUCAAAACAAGCACAGCUCAGAGCACCCUCUGCCCAGUAAUUUUAUGUCCGCGACUGGUUUGAGCGCUGAAGAGUGCAACAGAGCCUUAUCAAGAGAAUUUUUAAAAACUCUUGCAACGGAAAACAACAAGGGCUUUUUUGCUAGAGUUUUGCUGAAAGAAGAAAAAUAA